ACCUUUAUGUAUACCUAGCCAAAUAGCUCCUACGCAUUCAGCUCCUUCUACACGUUAUUUCUUCCAUCUUCAUCUUCAACAACCACACCGGCUUCCUCCAUGUCUUUGAACAUGGUGCCCAGUUCUUAUGGUUCUACUGACUUGGAAGGCGCCAAGGGAAAUGGAUUUUUGGGAUUGAUGCAAGAGAUGGAAGCUCCUGCAGCCAGUUUAAAUGUCGACAACAUCUCUCAAAACAGAGCCUUUGUUGGGUCUGUAAGUGAAGGGAGAGUGGAGAAGAAAAGGGGAGAAAAGAAGAUAAGAAAGCCUAAGUAUGCUUUUCAAACAAGGAGCCAGGUUGAUAUACUUGAUGAUGGCUAUAGAUGGAGAAAGUAUGGUCAAAAGGCAGUGAAGAACAACAAAUUUCCCAGAAGCUACUAUCGGUGCACACAUCAAGGGUGUAAUGUGAAAAAGCAAGUUCAAAGAUUAACUAAAGAUGAAGGAAUCGUGGUGACAACCUAUGAAGGAACGCAUUCUCAUCAGAUUGAAAAGUCUACAGAUAACUUUGAGCAUAUCUUGAGGCAGAUGCAAAUCUACUCCUGAUAUCCUUGUAACUAAGUCCCUACAUUAAGUUAGAUUGAAGAAAUUAUAGCAGUUUAAUCGCUUAGACUUGUAAAUUAUGUUAGUAUUGGUUAUUAUCUCUAGAUAUAAAAG